CUGCUGGGACCGGGACCCAGGGGCGCCCGGCCGCCCGCUCUGCGCUGAGCCCCCAGGAACGUGCCGCGGAGCCGGGGCAGCAGGUUUGGAAGAGCAACAUUUUAAGAUACUGAAAAAUCUGGACUUUUAAUUGUAUACUUCCUAAAGAAAUAUAAGGCGUUGAAAAUUGUAGCCUCCUUGCAAUUUAUUUUAUGGUAUCUGUACCUCUUACUUUUUUCUGUAUUUUAUAUUCAAGAAACACCAUGAGCACAACUCAAAGAAAACGUCGUGGAGGAGCCAUCAAUUCUAGGCAAACUCGAAAACGAAACAGACUGGUAGCUUCAGCUACAGAAAUGGCUUCAGAAGCAGAGCCAAUAGAACUUGAAGAAAGUGCUGGUGAAGAAGUAGUAGAUCUCACAUGUGAAUCUUCUGAACCUGUAGUAGUUGAUCUAACUCACAAUGAUUCUGUUGUGAUUGUUGAAGAGAAUCAACGUCAGCGGAGAAAUCUUGGGUUAAGAAGCCAACAGCAAUCUGACAGCUGUGUAUUAAGUAGUGAUGAUGAAGAUGAAUCAAGAGAUAAUGAUGUAUACGUAACAAACAAGGUGUCUGGAGAUUUAGAAACACUGGAGGAUGAAACUGCAAGUUCAAGGCCUUCAGGUACCGUUAGUUGUCCAAUUUGCAUGGAUGGAUACUCAGAGAUUGUACAAAGUGGACGACUUAUCGUGUCAACCAAAUGUGGCCAUGUCUUCUGUAGUCAGUGCCUCCGUGACUCCCUUAGAAAUGCUAACUCUUGCCCAACUUGUAGGAAAAAACUCAAUCACAAACAGUACCAUCCAAUUUAUAUAUAAGCACUUGAAUUCUUCUCAGGACAGCCUCAACUGGAUCUUGAUGAAAAUGUCAUGCAUUUGUGAUGCCUUGAAGAUUAAAGGAGCAACAGG